AUGACUGCGAACGCAUCACCCAAUGUCAUGACAUUAUUCCUGUUGAGGCAUGGGCAAAGUGAAUUGAACCAUGAGAACAUAUUUUGUGGGUGGAUUGACGCUAAGUUAACUGAAAAAGGUAAAGAACAGGCCCGUCAUUCUGCCCAGCUAAUCAAGCAAUAUUGUAAGACGAAUCAUUUACAAUUACCCCAGAUUGGCUAUACUUCACGUUUGAUCAGGACUCAACAGACAAUAGAAACAAUGUGCGAAGAAUUUAAGUUGGAACCACAAUUACAGGUUGUCUACAAUUUCAAAAAAAUUAAAGUUGGAAGUGACUGUGGCAGCAACAGGAAGGAUGCUACGAAAAUCCCCAUUCUUCAAACUUGGAGGCUAAACGAGCGUCAUUAUGGUUCUUGGCAAGGUCAAAGGAAACCAAAUGUCUUAAAAGAAUACGGUAAAGAUAAGUACAUGUUUAUCAGAAGAGAUUACGAAGGCAAACCACCGCCUGUAGAUCUUACCCGUGAAAUGAUUCAACAAGAAAACGAGAAAGGCUCUUCCACCGGCUAUGAAUUCAAGGAACCAAACAGACAAAUCAAGUAUGAGUUGGAAUGUAGUAAUCAUGACAUUGUAUUACCCGAUUCCGAGUCUCUUCGUGAGGUGGUUUAUAGAUUGAACCCUUUUUUACAAAACGUCAUACUGAAACUAGCCAAGCAAUAUGAUGAGUCUUCGUGUCUAAUUGUGGGCCACGGAAGUUCAGUAAGAUCGCUAUUGAAAAUUCUGGAGGGUAUAUCGGAUGAUGACAUCAAGAAUGUUGAUAUUCCGAACGGCAUUCCAUUAGUUGUUGAAUUGGAUAAGAAUAAUGGUCUUAAGUUCAUCAGAAAAUUCUAUCUCGAUCCUGAAUCUGCCAAGAUUAAUGCGGAGAAAGUUCGUAAUGAAGGGUUCGUUAAAAAUCCCUAA